AUGGGCCUGUCCCAUCCUCGUUACCUGCUCUGUAGCUCUCACAUAGGCCUGUCCCGUCCUCGUUACCUGCUCUGUAGCUCUCACAUAGGCCUGUCCCGUCCUCGUUACCUGCUCUGUAGCUCUCACAUGGGCCUGUCCCGUCCUCGUUACCUGCUCUGUGGCUCUCACAUGGGCCUGUCCCGUCCUCGUUACCUGCUCUGUAGCUCUCACAUGGGCCUGUCCCGUCCUCGUUACCUGCUCUGUGGCUCUCACAUGGGCCUGUCCCGUCCUCCUCGUUACCUGCUCUGUGGCUCUCACAUGGGCCUGUCCCGUCCUCCUCGUUACCUGCUCUGUGGCUCUCACAUGGGCCUGUCCCGUCCUCCUCGUUACCUGCUCUGUGGCUCUCACAUGGGCCUGUCCCGUCCUCGUUACCUGCUCUGUGGCUCUCAAAUGGGCCUGUCCCGUCCUCGUUACCUGCUCUGUGGCUCUCACAUGGGCCUGUCCCGUCCUCGUUACCUGCUCUGUGGCUCUCACAUGGGCCUGUCCCGUCCUCCUCGUUACCUGCUCUGUGGCUCUCACAUGGGCCUGUCCCGUCCUCGUUACCUGCUCUGUGGCUCUCACAUGGGCCUGUCCCGUCCUCCUUACCUGCUCUGUGGCUCUCACAUGGGCCUGUCCCGUCCUCGUUACCUGCUCUGUGGCUCUCACAUGGGCCUGUCCCGUCCUCGUUACCUGCUCUGUGGCUCUCACAUGGGCCUGUCCCGUCCUCGUUACCUGCUCUGUGGCUCUCACAUGGGCCUGUCCCGUCCUCCUCGUUACCUGCUCUGUGGCUCUCACAUGGGCCUGUCCCGUCCUCCUCGUUACCUGCUCUGUGGCUCUCACAUGGGCCUGUCCCGUCCUCCUCGUUACCUGCUCUGUGGCUCUCACAUGGGCCUGUCCCGUCCUCCUCGUUACCUGCUCUGUGGCUCUCACAUAGGCCUGUCCCGUCCUCGUUACCUGCUCUGUGGCUCUCACAUGGGCCUGUCCCGUCCUCGUUACCUGCUCUGUGGCUCUCACAUGGGCCUGUCCCGUCCUCCUCGUUACCUGCUCUGUGGCUCUCACAUGGGCCUGUCCCGUCCUCCUCGUUACCUGCUCUGUGGCUCUCACAUGGGCCUGUCCCGUCCUCCUCGUUACCUGCUCUGUGGCUCUCACAUGGGCCUGUCCCGUCCUCCUCGUUACCUGCUCUGUGGCUCUCACAUGGGCCUGUCCCGUCCUCGUUACCUGCUCUGUGGCUCUCACAUGGGCCUGUCCCGUCCUCGUUACCUGCUCUGUGGCUCUCACAUGGGCCUGUCCCGUCCUCCUCGUUACCUGCUCUGUAGCUCUCACAUGGGCCUGUCCCGUCCUCGUUACCUGCUCUGUGGCUCUCACAUGGGCCUGUCCCGUCUCGUGUUGAACAUGUCCAGUCCCAGCGAGCUCAAGUCGACCUGCGUGACUCGCAAUGGUCUGGUGAAGUUACCCCCCAGCCAGCCCAAUGGCCUGGGCAGCGCCAGCAUCACCAAGGGCACCCCCGCUGCCAAGAACCGCCUGUGCCAGUCCUCGUCUGUGCCCUCCAUCCUGCCCCCCCCCUCCACCUCCCUGCACUACCAUCACCACCACCACCUGGACACCAGCAGCUCCCUCCUGACCAACGAGCUGGACUCGGGCAUGCCUGUGGGGCUGAAGGGCAGCCUGCGGGCCCUGACCCCCCUGGGCUCCCUCUCCCCUCUCUCCCCCCUCUCCCCCCUCACCCCUCUCACCCUGCCCAAGCCUAUGCUGCUGGAGCGCCAGCUGGUGCUGGACGAGAAGCUGCUGAACCGCCUGCUGUGGUACUUCACCAGUGCAGAGAAGUGUGUUCUGGCGCAGGUGUGUAAGACGUGGCGCAAAGUGCUGUACCAGCCCAAGUUCUGGGACGGGGUGACCCCCAUCCUGCACGCCAAGGAGCUCUACGUGCUGCUGCCCAACGGGGAUAAGGAGUUUGUGAGCCUGCAGGCCUUUGCCCUGAGGGGCUUCCAGGCCUUCUGCCUGGUGGGCGUGUCGGACCUGGACAUUUGUGAGUUCAUAGACAACUACCCCCUGUCCAAGAAGGGAGUGCGCUCGCUGAGCCUCAAGAGGUCCACCAUCACCGACGCCGGCCUCGAGGUGAUGCUGGAGCAGAUGCAGGGCCUCAUGCACCUGGAGCUGUCCGGCUGUAACGACUUCACCGAGGCCGGCCUGUGGUCCAGUCUGAACGCUCGGCUCACCUCGCUCAGCGUCAGCGACUGCAUCAACGUAGCGGACGACGCCAUCGCCGCCAUCUCCCAGCUGCUGCCCAACCUGUCGGAGCUGAGCCUGCAGGCCUACCACGUCACGGACACGGCCAUGGCCUACUUCACCGCCAAGCAGGGCUACACCACCCACACUCUGCGGCUGCACUCCUGCUGGGAGAUCACCAACCAUGGCGUGGUCAACAUGGUGCACAGCCUGCCCAACCUGACUGCGCUGAGCCUGUCGGGCUGCUCCAAGAUCACAGACGACGGCGUGGAGCUGGUGGCGGAGAACCUAAGGAAGCUACGCAGCCUGGACCUGUCCUGGUGCCCCCGCAUCACAGACAUGGCUCUGGAGUAUAUCGCCUGUGACCUGCACAAGCUGGAGGAGCUGGUGUUGGACCGGUGUGUUCGCAUCACAGACACAGGACUGGGAUACCUGUCCACCAUGUCAUCCCUGCGGAGCCUCUACCUGCGCUGGUGCUGCCAGGUGCAGGACUUUGGGCUGCAGCACCUGUUUGGGAUGAGGAGUCUGCGUCUGCUCUCCCUCGCUGGCUGCCCCCUGCUGACCACCACAGGUCUGUCCGGACUCAUCCAGCUGCAGGACCUGGAGGAGCUGGAGCUGACCAACUGCCCCGGGGCCACGGCCGAGCUCUUCAAGUACUACUCCCAGCACCUGCCCCACUGCAUGGUCAUCGAGUAA